AUCGCGAAGGCCCUCGUAUCGCACGACAUUUAUUGGGCCAAUGCUGUUAAUUAGCCCGCUGACAUUACAUGCAAUUACGGAAUUGUUACCAAUUGUCGUAGUGCGCCAUUAUCGACUAUUAGAUUACGAUUAAUUCUUCGCCUCAAAUAAAUUCCACUUGAAAAACAUUAAAUAUUCAUAAAUUAAAAACAAAAUCAAUACUUGUGCACAACAAGUACAAUAAUUUUUCCGUUGAAGCAGUAAAUCUGUUUGUGCGUCUAAAUUCCAUGAAUUCUUGCGUUGGUAAGCUUUUUUUCUGUGUGCUAGGCAGUAAAACCGUUUAUCUGCUGCAGUGGUGCACGAAACACAAUAGAUGCUUAAGCUACCUGUCACAACAAAGUCAUCCCAUCUCUAAAUAGAUUUACGACCUUCAAAAUGCUUUCUCAACGCUUAAAGCUAAUGAAUAUAAACGAAAACAAAAAGCGCUACCACACGAGUUUCAAACCUAACCUCUGAUAUUUUGAUGUGUACAAGUUGUAGUCCGAUUAAAAUGAGUGAAAUACUGUGUGAUAACUUCGAACAGCAGCUGCCGGAGAUAAUCACAGCGAUAAAUAAGUCGCGAUUUGUUGCAAUCGACACAGAAUUCACUGCUUUGUAUCUGCAAAACAGCGAUCAACGCAGUUUGUUUGAUACUCCUGAAGACCGUUAUGCGAAGUUAUAUCGAACUGUUCAACACACAAUACCUAUCCAAAUCGGUUUAUCUGCAUUUUCUUUUGAUCCUGGUGUUAAUAUCUAUCAAUCUAAAACAUUCACGUUUUAUAUUUGGCCUAAACCAAUAAUGAGCAUCAAUUUACUGAUGCAGAUCCAAGCGACAAGUUUCCAGUUCCUAAGCCAACAUGAUUUUGACUAUAAUAAAUUAAUCUACUAUGGGAUACCCUUCCUGAAUAGAAAACAACAUUUCCAAGUACAAAAUGAUUUAAAAGAAGAAAAUUGGCCUAUUGAUUGUGUCAUUGAGAAGUAUUUAGAUGAUAUUGACAAGAAUAUUCACACCUGGUGGAUGUCAGAUAAUGAAAAUGAUGAUAAAUUGAUUAUUGAAUCAUUAAAACAUAAAUUAAAAUAUGAUAUUGAUGCAUGGUAUCAUCUACAGAAUCAUUUAAGACAUAAUUAUCAAGAUGUAAGCAAAAAUAAAAGAUUAUGGACUGAAAAAAGUGAAGAAAAUGAUUUAAUACUCACUAAAGUGACUGACAAAAAAUUUAAAGAGUUAAAUAUCAAGGAUAAUCUCAAAGAAAACACAAUAAGAUCUGCUCUUGGACACAAUCUUCUAAUGGAUUUGUUAUUACUGUUAAAUACUUUCGACGAGCUUCCAAUAUCAUACAAAAAAUUCAAAAGUAAACUACACAAUGAUUUUCCCCUGAUAUAUGACACGAAAUGCCUAAGUUUUAAAGUCCUUAGAAAAAUUCCAAAGAAACUAGAAUGGAAGAGGAAUACACUUGAGGAUUUAUACGAAUACUGGCUGGAUGGACGCGGGAAAACAAUGAGUUACAACACGCCGCUGGUAAAAACCGACAUGGUGCUACAAAAUAAUUCAUAUCACCACGCGGGAUGGGAUAGUUACUGCACGGGUUUUGUGUUUGUGCAUAUGGCGCAUUACAUAGCCGCACGUCAAUUGGGAAUAAAAAGUCACAAAUCAAGGAAUAUCACGAGUUCAGAGCAUUUGCACGCUGUGAAAAUGAUUGAGAAUCAAGUGAAUUUGAUUCAAGCAUCCCUGUCACACAUUCAAAUUGAUGGUCCGGAUCCGAAAUCAACGCGUCCACCAUGGUUAGUGGCUAUUUCCUUGGAAAAUCACCUGGAUACAUCUCAAGUUAGGUUAGCGUUGUCAACGUAUAGACACAUAGAUAUUGAACAAAUCACGACACAAAAGGCGAUUAUUGCUGUGUCUUCUGUGAAUGAUGCUGAUGAGAUUCUGGAGAGGUUUUCCAAGCGUAACGAUUUUGUCAUCAGAAAAUACAAUUCUCUACUGCAUAAUAAAUACGCUCAUCAAUUAUUCAAAUUAUCUAUUGGCAUGUGUGCCUUUACAGCUGUUGGGCUUUUUUAUUCCAUGUAUAAACGUAUUUAAAUAAAGAUUUGAAGGUGAUUGUUA